AUGAUCACAGACGUGCAGCUUGCCAUCUUCGCCAACAAGGUGGGCAUGUCUGUCUUCUUACUUGUGGUUCUCUAUCACAAGGUGACCAUCAACAACCCCCGGAAGCAGGAAUGAAAGUGGCGCUUUCUCCACCCCAGGGUUUU